UAUCGUGCCCAUAGCUCUGUGCAGACAAUUCCAAAACCGUGCAGUAAACCGUGUGUCUCGGUCUGAUACGAUCGACACGGGUACUCCAUGGAGUCGGACUAUCUCUCGGAUAUAUAGUUUGGCAUACUCCUUCAGUUUCAUAGUCGUCUUCACUGGCAAAAAGUGUGCGGUCUUAGUCAGACGAUCCAUGAUAACCCAGAUGGAAUCAUUCCCACUCCUCGUCCUCGAAAGACCAACUACAAAGUCCAUCGUGACUUUCUCCCAUUUCCACUCGGGAAUCUCGAAUCCUGCUACCUCGACCACCUCUUCCGGUUCAGUCGAAAUAUUGCCGUCUGCCCUUGAAGCUGUUCCCCUCUCUAUUCUUCGUCCUGGUGAUACCGUCCCUACCCGCGUUUUCACUGCUCGUGUUGCUUCUCCCAAUUCAGGGGAUUCCAUGGAUAAUAUCCCUCUUCGUUGCCGCCGUCCUGCUUUUGGCUCGAUGGAUGAGCCUGAGGAAGACGAAGUUAUUUCUUCUCAGCCCACUUUUCCUGCAUCUUCAACCGUUCCUCCUUCUUCGAAUUCUCCACCCAAGCAGUCCUCGACCAAGAAGCUUUCUAAACGACCAUCUUCUACCUCUCUAUCUCACCCCUGGUUUAAUCCCGAUAAAAUCGGCCAACCUCUUGGUUGGGCAUUCAUUAGGUCUUCCCCUUCCGACCGAUAUGAUAAUCCCCCGCGAGACUGUUAUCCUUUCUUCGAGGUCCAGUUCAAGCUUGGGUUACGUUUUCCUUUGAGCCCCGAUAUAAUCCGCAUCUGCGAGUGGUUCUCGCUUUCUUUACACCAACUUCCUCCUAAUGCCAUCCGUUUUAUCACCACCUUCAUCAUUCUCUGCCGCGUCCGUCUGGGUCGAUUCGAUCUAGACUUCUUCCACUAUUGUUACUGCCCCUCUAAAUUAGGCCGGGGUCUUUAUCUGAAAUGUCGCAAUGGUGCGCAUUUCAUCAACGACAUCCCCUCCAACCUUCCCGGGUGGAGUGAUAAAUUCAUUUUUGUUCGACCCGAC